AUGAACAACCCGGCAAUGUCCGGUUUCAACGCUUACCCAAGCCAGCUGGCCGUCAGUGUUGGUGACGCCGGGGUCAACGGACAAUGGGACGAAGGGUACAACAGGUCCCAGAGUUCCAGUGUUUCACCCCGAGGUUACGGCUCCAACGGCUCCACGCCUCACAGUGUCAAUGGUGGCUAUGCUACAGCUCCAUCUAUGAACGGCUACCACAGUGGGCCUGGCCCUUUAGGAAAUAUGGGUCUGGACCAUUUUCUUCGUGACGAGGCCAGCAGAAUAGGAGCAGGUAUGAGCGGAAUCGUUGGGUCCCCUUUCUCAGGUGUAAAUCCAUUUGGCCUUCCAACUUGUGGCACGCAAUCGGCUUAUGGAAGUUCCAUCGUGUCAGCGGCAAAAUAG